AACUUCUUUUCCCGGCAUGCGCCGCGAACCCCUCCUCCUCUUCUCUACCUACCUCCUCACCCCCCGGCCGCCUCCUCUGCUCCGAUCGGAUCCUGGCUGCUGAGUGUGAGGUGCGGGUCGGUCUGCGGCGCGAUCCCCCGGAGCCAUGCCGGAGGUCGUGGAUACCUGUUCUCUGGCCUCUCCAGCUUCGAUCUGCCAGACCAAGCAUUUGCACCUGCGCUGCAGCGUCGACUUCACUCGCCGGGCGCUGACUGGGACCGCCGCGCUCACGGUCCAGUCCCAGGAGGACAAUCUGCGCAGCCUGAUUUUGGAUACAAAGGACCUUACAAUAGAAAAAGUAGUGAUCAAUGGACAAGAAGUCAAAUAUGCUCUCGGAGAAAGACAAAGUUACAAGGGAUCACCAAUGGAAAUUUCUCUUCCUAUUGCUCUGAGCAAAAAUCAAGAAGUUGUCAUAGAAAUUUCUUUUGAGACAUCUCCAAAAUCUUCUGCUCUUCAGUGGCUCACUCCUGAACAAACUUCUGGGAAGGAGCACCCAUACCUCUUUAGUCAGUGCCAGGCCAUCCAUUGCAGAGCAAUUCUUCCUUGCCAGGACACUCCUUCUGUGAAAUUAACCUACACUGCAGAGGUGUCUGUCCCUAAAGAACUGGUGGCACUUAUGAGUGCUAUUCGUGACGGAGAAGCACCUGACCCAGAAGAUCCAAGCAGGAAAAUAUACAGAUUCAGCCAAAAAGUUCCAAUACCCUGCUACCUGAUUGCUUUGGUUGUUGGAGCUUUAGAAAGCAGGCAAAUUGGCCCAAGAACUUUGGUAUGGUCUGAAAAAGAGCAGGUGGAAAAGUCUGCUUAUGAAUUUUCUGAGACUGAAUCUAUGCUUAAAAUUGCAGAAGAUCUGGGAGGACCAUAUGUGUGGGGACAGUAUGACCUGUUGGUCCUGCCACCAUCCUUCCCUUAUGGUGGCAUGGAGAAUCCUUGCCUUACUUUUGUAACCCCUACUCUAUUGGCAGGUGACAAAUCACUCUCCAAUGUUAUUGCACAUGAAAUAUCUCACAGUUGGACAGGAAAUCUAGUGACCAACAAAACUUGGGAUCACUUUUGGUUAAAUGAAGGACAUACUGUGUACUUGGAACGCCACAUUUGUGGACGAUUGUUUGGUGAAAAGUUCAGACAUUUUCACGCUCUGGGAGGAUGGGGAGAACUACAGAAUUCGAUAAAGACUUUUGGGGAGACACAUCCAUUCACCAAGCUUGUGGUGGAUCUGACGGACGUAGACCCUGAUGUAGCAUAUUCUUCAGUUCCCUAUGAGAAGGGCUUUGCUUUACUUUUUUACCUUGAACAACUUCUUGGAGGACCAGAGGUUUUCCUAGGAUUCCUAAAGGCUUAUGUUGAGAAAUUUUCUUACAAGAGCAUAACCACUGAUGAUUGGAAGGAUUUCCUGUAUUCCCACUUUAAAGAUAAGGUUGAUACUCUCAAUCAAGUUGAUUGGAAUGCCUGGCUUUACUCUCCUGGACUGCCUCCCAUAAAACCCAAUUAUGAUAUGACUCUGACAAAUGCGUGUAUUGCCUUAAGUCAAAGAUGGAUUACUGCCAAAGAGGAAGAUUUAAAUUCAUUCAACGCCACAGACCUGAAAGACCUCUCUUCUCAUCAGUUGAAUGAGUUUUUAGCUCAGCUGCUCCAGAAAGCACCUCUUCCAUUGGGGCACAUAAAGCGAAUGCAAGAGGUGUACAACUUCAAUGCCAUUAACAAUUCUGAAAUACGAUUCAGAUGGUUACGGCUCUGCAUUCAGUCCAAGUGGGAGGCAGCCAUUCCUUUGGCUCUAAAGAUGGCGACUGAACAAGGAAGAAUGAAGUUUACACGACCCUUAUUCAAGGAUCUCGCUGCCUUUGACAAAUCCCACGAUCAAGCCAUCCGCACCUACCAAGAGCACAAAGCCAGCAUGCAUCCCGUGACUGCCAUGCUGGUGGGGAAAGAUUUAAAAGUGGAUUAAGGACCUGCCAAUUGCUGAUUUUAGAAACUUCUCUUUUUAAAAUUGAAUUCACAAAGAAAUAUAAAACUUCAGCUUGUCUUCUAAUUGAAAAUGUCUUUCUAGUUUGGGCUUUUUAUUGUUUUGUCAGUGAUUUUACUAAAAUAAAGCUGAGCUACCUUUUUUU